CCAUUGUGUUCCUCGUUCCCGGGCAAGACCCGCCCCGCGACGCUGUGGCUUGCGCUGGAAGAAGCGGAAGAAGAUGGCGCUCACCAGCUUUUUACCUGCGCCCACUCAGCUAUCUCAGGACCAACUUGAAGCUGAAGAAAGAGCAAGAUCUCAGAGAUCGCGGCAGACCUCGCUGGUCUCCUCUCGAAGGGAGCCUCCCCCAUACGGAUACCGGAAAGGCUGGAUUCCACGCUUGUUAGAAGAUUUUGGAGAUGGAGGUGCUUUCCCAGAAAUCCAUGUGGCCCAGUAUCCACUGGAUAUGGGGCGAAAGAAAAAAAUGUCCAAUGCACUGGCCAUUCAGGUGGACCCUGAAGGGAAGAUUAAGUACGAUGCAAUUGCUCGACAGGGGCAGUCCAAAGACAAGGUCAUUUACAGCAAAUACACUGACCUGGUUCCAAAGGAGGUUAUGAAUGCAGAUGACCCAGACCUGCAGAGGCCUGAUGAAGAGGCUAUUAAAGAGAUAACGGAGAAGACAAGAGUAGCCUUGGAGAAGUCCGUAUCGCAGAAGGUUGCAGCAGCCAUGCCAGUUCGUGCAGCUGACAAGCUGGCUCCUGCUCAGUAUAUCCGCUAUACACCAUCUCAGCAAGGAGUAGCAUUCAACUCUGGAGCUAAACAGAGAGUUAUUCGGAUGGUAGAAAUGCAGAAAGAUCCAAUGGAGCCGCCGAGAUUCAAGAUUAAUAAGAAAAUUCCCCGGGGACCACCAUCUCCUCCUGCACCUGUAAUGCAUUCUCCUAGUCGGAAGAUGACUGUCAAGGAACAGCAAGAGUGGAAGAUCCCCCCUUGUAUUUCCAACUGGAAGAACGCAAAGGGUUACACAAUUCCUCUGGAUAAACGGCUGGCUGCUGACGGAAGAGGACUUCAGACCGUACACAUCAACGAAAAUUUUGCCAAACUGGCUGAAGCUCUGUACAUUGCUGAUCGGAAGGCUCGGGAAGCUGUGGAAAUGCGAGCCCAAGUGGAGAGAAAGAUGGCUCAAAAGGAAAAGGAGAAACAUGAGGAGAAGCUUAGAGAAAUGGCCCAGAAGGCCAGAGAGAGGAGAGCUGGGAUCAAAACCCAUGUGGAAAAAGAGGAUGGAGAAGCGCGAGAAAGGGAUGAAAUCCGUCAUGACAGGCGGAAAGAGAGACAGCAUGACCGGAACCUCUCCAGGGCAGCGCCUGAUAAGAGGUCAAAACUACAGAGAAAUGAAAAUCGAGAUAUCAGUGAAGUCAUUGCUCUUGGUGUUCCCAAUCCUCGCACUUCCAAUGAAGUUCAGUAUGACCAAAGGCUCUUCAAUCAAUCCAAGGGUAUGGACAGUGGAUUUGCAGAUGGAGAAGAUGAAAUUUAUAAUGUGUAUGAUCAGGCCUGGAGAGGCGGUAAAGAUAUGGCUCAAAGUAUCUACAGGCCGAGUAAAAAUCUGGACAAGGAUAUAUAUGGUGAUGACCUAGAGACCAGGAUAAAGACCAACAGGUUUGUUCCUGAUAAGGAGUUCUCUGGUUCAGACCGUAGACUGAGAGGCCGAGAGGGACCAGUUCAGUUUGAGGAAGAUCCUUUUGGUUUGGACAAAUUUUUGGAAGAAGCCAAACAGCAUGGUGGUUCUAAAAGACCCUCUGAUAGCAGUCGCCCUAAGGAACAUGAGCAUGAAGGCAAGAAGCGGAGGAAGGAGUAGAUAGGCCUCUCUUCAGAGCAAAUGAACUCUUAUUCAACAACCUAAUGAUGCAAGUCAUUGGGAAACCCUUUGUAAAUGAUCAGGAUAAAAACCAAAUCUGGGCGAUAGAUCCCAGCACUACUUUUUACUCCAGGAGAUGGGGGGGUUGAAUAUUCUACUUUGGAUUAGUUUUUUUAAAGAAUGGGUUAUGUUUGUGCUUCUCCCAUCAUGCGGCACUUAUAGGAAAUACUGCCCUACACAGAAUGAAGACCACUUCCUUGUGUGUGACACCUACUAAUCCAGGGGUAAUAUUUUGUGUAAGAACUUUAUUACCCCAAAACGGUGAGUAGGAUAAUGUCCGCAUACUGGAACUAUGCCACCAAACAUAUUUGCCCUGUCGUGCUGUUUGACCUCGCAGUGGGGAAACUAAGGUCUUGCUUAGUGCAGCUCUUGUUUCAAAUAAAAACAUUGAGAAAAAGUC